AUGUCCAUGAUCUUCUUUGCUUGUGUGGUGCGGGUGAGGGAUGGGCUUCCCCUCUCAGCCUCCACAGAUUUUCAUUUCAACCAGGACUUUCUCGAAUGCAGAAAGAGAUUAAAGGCGUUAUCCUCAAUUCUGGCGCGGUAUCCAAGUCGAGGCACAGCAAAAGGACGUGACCUGAGCAUACAUUUCCUUUCUUCUGGGGAUUUUGCCUGCAUGGCAAUCUGUUCCAGCAGUUACCCAACCACCAUGGCGUUUUGCUUCCUGGAAGAGCUUCAGUGGGAAUUUACUGCUUCCUACGAUACAACAAGCAUCAGUUUAGCUUCCAGACCAUAUGCUUUUCUUGAAUUUG